AUGCGAGCUCAAGGAUGUAGCUACAUGGUCACGUUUUCAGGGUAUUGCUGCCAGCAGCUUCCCGGUCAGCUGCUCGUAGGCAUAAUAGACAGCAGUGAUGGAAUUCCACCUACUCUAAUCAUGCCCCAUCUCAUAUCGACAUCGACCUUGGCACCGGAUGGAGGCGACGACUUGGGCGCCGGAGGACAAGACGGUUGCUAUAGUGUAGCUAUCAGGAAAAGACCAACGACCAAUGUUGCAGAUAUGCAGCUAUGCGCACAAGCCAAUCGGCCAGCUUCCGUUGUCCCGUGUAAAUGCAUUCCAGAUACUUUGCGCCAGAGCAGAGCGAAGGGUACCCACGACGCCGCCGGUUCCCCCCCUCAAAGAUCACAACGUCAACCGCCAUUCCAUCGAUUCCACCUGCCAGGAGCAGGAGCCGCAACAAAACACAACACCGAUUAG